ACAGCCUGUGAUUAUAAAACAAUCAAAAUAAGUGAGAAAAAUAUUAUAGUUCAUUGGCUGACUACAAAUUGGUACUGAGUUCUCCCUGGAAGACUUUUCUUUGUCACUACUUCUUCACAAAUGUUACACUAAGUUGAUAUAAUCAGAUUACAAACGUGCUCACUUGAGGACACUUUUCUCUUUUUUCAUCCUAGGGAGAAGAAGCAUUCUGGAUAUGACGUGUAAAAACUGGAUAUUAAUUUCUACCACUACUCCCAAAAGUCUGGAAGAUGAAAUUGUGGGAAGACUUCUAAAAAUUUUGUUCGUUAUCUUUGUUGACUUCAUGUCCAUUAUAUAUGUAUUUAUAACUUCUUAG